AUGACACCCGUCUUCCAUGCAUCCGCUGUCGCGCCCUACGCAGAACCGCUCUGGCACUCCUGCGACUCCUCCCCAUACUACAACGAAUCUCACAAGAAACUCCGCCUGUUCGUCCGUGACUACGUCGAAAACCAUUUAAAGCCGCAUGCCGAAGAGUAUGAAAAGCAAGGCUUUAUUCCGCCAGAGGCGCUAAAGCUCUAUGUGGAAAAGGGGUUCGCGAUCACCAAGCCUACCAAGAGGGAGUAUAUGGGCGGACUGUCUCUACCCGCUGGCAUUGACCCUGAGGACUGGGAUGUCUUUCAUAAUCUUGUGACGACAGAUGAGUUGAAUAGGCUAGUAGUUUCACUAAUUUUGAGUUUUCCUUUAUAUCGCUGCUUUCGAAACCCUUUGCGUCGAAACAAUUCACUGACGAAAGACUUAUGGGUAACCAGAGUUGGCUAUACUGGAGUGCUGUGGGGUCUGUUUGGUGGAAAUACUAUUGGCUGUCCUCCCAUUCUGAACUUCGGUAACGAGGCGCAGAAACUCAAGUAUUCGCCCAAGGUUUCUCGGGGAGAGAUACGGUUCUGUCUGGGCAUUACUGAGCCCGACGCCGGAUCCGACGUCGCGAACAUUAGAACCACCGCGAAACGCAGCGGGAACAAGUAUAUCGUCAACGGAGCCAAGAAAUGGAUCACCAAUGGGAUAUGGGCCCAUUAUUGCACGGCUGCGGUCAGGACAGGUGGGAAGGGACGUGGGGGAAUUUCUUUGCUGAUCAUCCCAUUGGCAGCUAAGGGCGUAACCAGGAGGAGAAUGGAGAACUCCGGCGUGAACGCCAGUGGUUCGACAUUCAUUGAGUUCGACGACGUAGAAGUUCCAGCGGAAAACCUCAUCGGCAUUGAGAACGAUGGGUUCAGAUACAUCAUGUCGAACUUCAACCCCGAACGUCUCGGCCUGGCCAGCUCCUGCGUCCGCCUUUCCCGCGUCUGCGUCGAGGACGCCUACAAUUACGCCAUAACCCGCGAAACAUUCGGCCAGCCACUAAUCGCGAACCAAAUCAUCCGCGCAAAAUUCAGCAAGCUCGGCCGCCUGAUCGAACCCUGCCAGGCAUUCCUGGAGCAACUAGCCUAUACCGUCCAAGUAGCAGCCAAGACUGGCCAGGAGGCUAACGUCGGCGGUAUGACUGCGCUGCUCAAGGUGAUGUCCACGCGCUGCCUAGAGAAGGUCUGCCGUGAAGCGCAGCAGGUUAUGGGUGGCGCGGGGUAUAACAAGAGCGGGAGGGGCGCGCGAAUUGAACAGAUCAGUCGUGACGUAAGGGUUUAUGUGGUUGGGGGUGGGAGCGAGGAGAUCCUGAGCGAUUUGGCGGUUAGGGAGGAGAUAAAGAAUUUGCAUGAUACGCAGCGUGCAGCGGCGAAGGAAGGAGCAAAAAUUUGA